AACCUCUUUUGAUAGAAUGGGAUAUUGAAACUUGAUUUCACCUGACCAAAAUUGCACCAUAGACUCUACUGCUGUGGCCUAUUAAGUCCCAGAUUGCUUCCUCUGUCCAGUUCAGGGUCAUCGACAUGGCCAUAUCUCUCUGUUCUCCCUGUUCUCUUUCACACUGAGCUCAUUUUUUUUCUAGAGGACAGAAGGGAAACAGGAAAGACGGGACAAGGCUACAAGCAGAAGAGGGAGGGGAGUGAGUUCUUACUAAACCCUUCUAAUAAACAAAGGCUUUUUCUUCUCCAUGUACCCUCUUCCCCUCUCCUCCAUGGAGUACCCCAUGGUUGUGUAAAUACUGUAAAUUCAUGUCCACGUGGCUCAGUGACUCGAAGAGUGGGAACAUAUUUCAUUCUUGGCACUUGGAUGUUUGUGCUCAAAUUCUCUCUUAUUAGCUUCUAGCUCAUGUGCCCCUGGAUCAUGUGCCUCGCACCUUUUUAUGCAUUGGUUGCUUGUGUUCUCCCAGGACCCUUACCUUUUCUCCUUUUCCUCUUUUCCAUCAUCUUUGUGUCUGUCUCUUGCCCAUAUGUCACUCUGUAAAAGCAGUCUUUGCAAAUUUACACACACAGGGUGUAACAAUUUGUUAGGAAUUUGCAUGAUUUCCCUUGUUUCAUAUUGAUUUGAUUCAUUCAUUCAUCUUCAGGAACUAUUUUAUUGCGGUCAGGGUCAUGGUGGAUCCCCAGAAGCACUGGAUAUGACCAUUUUCCUUGUUUCAUCAUACGUAAAUUGUCGUUUCAGCUACCUCCAGUUUCACAAUGACACCAGGAUCCAGUCGAAAACUGUAAGAUCAGCAAUCUAAGACACUGAUCCACAUACUACAUGACUCAUCUCACAGAUACAUGAUUUGUGAUUGUUUGCUUGCAGUAUAUUUGACCAUUUGAUACUUUUGAGCUCAGUUCAGCAUCUUUAUAGCUGACUAUAUACUUGUUAUACCUGUAACAGCCUAGUGAUUUAUUUUACGCCCCAUGUCUUCAGGGAUUAAUUCAUGCUUAGUGUAUAUGUAUUGGAAUAGGCCUGGGCUAUACUCAUAAACUCUCGUUUCAGCUAAUUUCAUGGCUGUGUUAUACAGAUAAUCAAUCUGAAUGAAUACGCUUUGCUUAUACGAUAUACGACUUUUAUUUGGCUAAGAGGCUGUUAAUGUCUGCAAACACUUCCUAAAAGGUCUUGUUUACUUUGUCGGUUGGGUUUCUCUAGUUUGGGCUUCUCACUGGAGACAUUUUAAAUAAGGAUCUUGUAAGCCAAAGUCAGUUUUUAGGGAUUUAUAUGUAUAUAUCUAUAUUUUAGGCACCUGAUGCGUUUGUGCACUUUUGUGUGAUGCUAUCUUUCACCACUUGGUGUCGCACUUGGUGUCGCAAUCGGAUUUUUGGUUAGGGCUGAAAUGCAAGGCAAUUAUUGAUCAAUGUUUAGGUGGAAUGUUUGUAAAAAAGGGACACAAUUUUGCACAGCGAUUUAGGCACGUAGAUUUGACAGUAGCUAUAAAAAGUCAUAUUGCCUAAAUGUUGUACAUCUCGGUGUGUUUGUUUCAAAUAGUAUCUUAAACCUUUUGCUUUCUACAUGGUUUCAUUUUUUCCCAUGCAGUUUUCCCAUGAACACGCAGUUGAACACACACUCUCAGAAACAAAGAUGCCAAGUAAUAACUUCCGACAAGGAAAAUUACAAUCAAGCCUACACCCUUUGAACAUUUAUUAUGUAAAUUAGUGGUCCAUAAGGUCCAAGUAUGUAGCUUAAAUUAUUUCUUUUAAAAGGUCAGCAACAAUGAAUAGUACCUUUAUUUGUGAGUGUGUGUGUGUGUGUGUGUGUUUUCCUCCUAUUUCCACUUUUUUUAUUAAUAUGCUUGUGUUUUCCUUCAUUUUCCGCUUUAUUUUUAUUAUUCGUCAUUCUCGUUCAUUUGCUCAGCACUGGCGCCAGAGAGGAUGAGAACAAUCUUCCAUUGAUGUCCUAUGAAGCUGGUUCCACCCAUUUUCACAUUCCAGCCAAUUGGGAACGCGUUCUUCUUGGUGUAGCCAAUCAGAAAAGGGCGCUUCGGAGAAAUCCGUUCCACGGCGUCUUUUCCUCACGGCUCCGCCCCUGAGCUCAGAAUUUGAGGGAAAGUAAACAUGAGCGUCAGUAGAACAGGAGCUGCUGUACACUAUUUACACUGAACGAGAAUGUACUAAAUGUGUUCAAACGCCACCAUUUUAAACCCGCGUUAGUGCUGUUUUGAAGAGCAACAUGAGCAAGGCAGGGAAGGGUGAGCCCCAUGAGUUUAAGGAAAAAACGUUUAAGAAGAAGCGCCAGUGUGGGGUGUGCAAGCAAAACAUAGACAGUCUGGGAUCCUUCUGCCGAGUCUGCAAAACAGCCACUCACAAGAAAUGUGAAAGUAAGGCCAGCACACCCUGUAUCCCGGCCCCAUCCUCUGAUUUGCAGCGGAGAGGAACGGCCUCCUCUCGACACAUCCAACAUCUGGGCUCAACCAAAUCUCUGACAUACACCAAACCGAGAAGUACUCUACCCAGGAGUAUAAGUGUGGAUCGGGUGAUGGACAGGGUGAUGGAGCGCCACUACAACUUCGACCUCACUUACAUCACUGAGCGCAUCAUCUCCGUCUUCUUUCCCCCUCUGCUGGAUGAGCAGCGUUAUCGCCUCAAUCUCAAAGAAGUGGCAGCUAUGCUCAAGUCCAAACACCAGGACAAGUUUUUGUUACUCAAUUUGUCUGAGAGAAGGCAUGACAUCACACGGCUUAACCCCAAGGUCCAUGAUUUUGGCUGGCCGGACCUACAUGCACCUCCGCUGGACAAAAUCUGUUCCAUGUGCAAAGCCAUGGAGACAUGGCUGAACUCUGACCCUCAGCAUGUGGUGGUUCUGCAUUGCAAGGGCAAUAAAGGAAAGACGGGAGUUAUCAUCGCUGCAUACAUGCACUACAGCAAGAUAUCAGCAGGGGCAGAUCAGGCUCUCAGCACACUGGCUAUGAGGAAAUUUUGUGAGGACAAAGUGUCGCCUUCUCUCCAGCCCUCACAGAACAGGUAUAUAUAUUAUUUUGGUGGACUUCUAUCAGGGGCCAUAAAGAUGAACAGCAGUCCUCUUUUCCUCCAUCAGGUCCUUAUUCCCACCAUCCCCACGUUUCAUGCUGAUGGAGGUUACUUGCCCUUCUUGAAGAUCUAUCAGUCCAUGCAGCUGGUCUACACCUCAGGCAUAUAUGAUUUGCAGGGUUCAUCAGGCAGAAAGCUGUGUGUGACCAUUGAGCCUGCUCUAUUGUUGAAAGGAGAUAUUAUGGUGAAGUGCUAUCACAGACGACUUCAGGCCACUGAGAGGGACACGGUGUUCCGACUCCAGUUUCACACCUGCACAAUCCAUGGAGCACAGCUCUGGUUCGGGAAAGGAGAACUUGAUGAAGCUUGCUCAGAUGACCGAUUUCCCCCUGAUGCCACAGUGGAAUUUGUGUUUUCUUCUGGACCAGAGAAAAUUAAAGGACGAGAAUACCAGCGGAAUGACCCAGCAGUCACAGUUGACUAUAAUACAGCUGAUCAAGUAGUGCGUUGGGAUUCUUAUGACAACUUGAACCAAAGACAUGAAGACAGUCAAGACGAUAUUGCACACACUCGAGGACCUCUGGAUGGCAGUCUAUAUGCUCAGGUGAAGAAGCGACGUGCUGCUUGCUCUUCCUCCUUUCUAUCCACUAAUGGUAGUCCAGGGCAAAUCUCUGAUGAGAGACAAGGUCAUCUCCUGUCACACAGCACCGACUCCGGGCAUUCAUCAGUUCCACUUGAUCGCCUUGAAGAUUCACCCAGACGGCCACCACCUACUCCGCAAGAGCGGGAGGAGCUGGAACGGCUUCUUGGAGGAAUUGAGGGUGGGAGGACUUGCAGAGAUCGUGAACGGGAGACAGCAAUUUUGGACGAUGGCGACUCACUCUCACCAGAAAAUACUGGGUCGCUGCUUUUGGCUCGUUCGUGUUCCUGCCGCAUGGGCUACAGAUCACAGCGUUGCUCUGAACUCCAUCACUUGCCCAAUGGCUACUGCCUGGACCACUCAGCUCCCAGCAACAACCACACAGGAGUACCUUCGCCAAACAUACUAGGGCUGUGCCGGCACCACGGAGUUCACACACACCAGGCACUCCCACCUCCAGACCUGCUGUGGGACCGACAGCAAGGUUCUCAGCACUAUCUGCAUGGUCCUUCUAGGCAUGUUUGCCCUUAUCCAUCCCAGGAACUCUGCCCUCACCCUCACACACUUUCCCCUAGUGGACGACUGCUGUGCAGGUCAGAGGAAUUCCUCCCCUACACCCAGCCACAACAAAACCACCCGCACAACCCAAAAGCAGCUGGACCCUAUCAUGACGUGAUGCUUGUAGAUGGCCUCCUACCACCCCCUAGCUGCCCAUGCCGUGAUUGCUGCUUGAGACGAGAGGACUUUCACACUUUACGGCUUGACAGAGGUGAAGGAUUGCACUGGGAAAGGGAAGAGCUCCCUCGAGACAGUGGCUUAAGGGGAAGCAGAGGAUCCGAGGCUCCAAGACGGACAGAACUGCACUGGGAACGAGAUGCAGGGUUAAGACAGGGUAGAGAGGUCUCACUCCAUUGGGACAGGGACAGAGAAGCAGAGCUACAAUGGGAGAGAGAACGAGAAGCUGAGUACUGGCACAGAAGAACUGCCUUGUCACCAUAUGGCCCCCCAGGUCACGAGCCUGCUUUCACCUUUGACCCACUUCCGCAGGGUCACCCAGCAUUUCCAGAACCCUCGAGAUCACACAGUCAUGCCCACCUGGAUAUCAAGUACAGCAGUGGCUCCAGCAGCUACCAGACAUCUCACCCGAUGUGCCCCUGCUCACCCUACCAGCCCUCGCCUUCUGAGAGCCGUGGCUAUGCUUCAGGUUAUCAGUCAGACUCCACUUCUCCACUGCCUCCCAACUACACCUCUUGCUACAGCCAUUCAGACCCCCACCAGCAGCACUACACCUCCAGCACACACUCAGAUGGUUCUGGGAUUCCAGGUGAAAAUGUAGGAUGGCGGGACCAUAUAACCCAUGCUUCCUUGAGACGGCUGCAUCGUGAAGCACAUGGACCAUGCUCCACCCCCUCUGAUAUGUCUGGACCACCCACUCCAGUCCACACCAGCAGCCCAUUGCAUACACAAGAGAGCCCCAGUCUGAGCGUACGGGAUCAGGAAGCAUCAGAGAUGAGCACAGACAGCACUGCACACCAGGAGAGAAUGAACCCAGCUCUCCAGCAAAAUCUCUCAAAAUCUGGACCAGACCCUCAUCGAGUUGGAAGUCCAUCCACAGAGCCCCCUAAGUCAUGCACAUUGAUAUCAGAGAAGCACUGCACCCUUCCUCAGCAGCUCUCUACACAUUCCCCUUCUCCUCAGCAACUCCCACCACAUUCUUCCAUUUCUCCUCAACAAAUCUCUACACAUUGCUUGUCUUCUUCUCAGCAGCUCUCCUCACAUUCCUCAUCUCCUCAGCAGCUCUCCCCACAUUCCUCAACUCCUCAGCAGCUCUCCCCACAUUCAUCCUCACCUCCUCAUCAGAACUCUACACAUUGCUCCCCUUCUAGUCAAAACUCCACACACUGCCCACCUCCUCAACAGCGCUCCACACAUUAUCCACCUCCUCAACAGAGCUCCACACAUUACCCAGCUCCUCAACAGAGCUCCCCACACUGCCCAUCUCCUCAACAGAGCUCCACACACUGCCCAGCUCCUCAACAGAGCUCCACACAAUGCCCAGCUCCUCAACAGAGCUCCCCACACUGCCCAGCUCCUCAACAGAGCUCCCCACACUGCCCAGCUCCUCAACAGAGCUCCCCACACUGCCCAGCUCCUCAACAGGGUGCCACACAUUCUGCCCCCGUAAUACCCACAGCCAACAGUCACCCACAAGCCCCAGUGCCAUCUAUUCAUUCUGCCCCAGCAUCUCCUACUAAGGCAAAUCAACAACAAAGCACCAGCCAGCCAAUCAAGGAAGGCAGUCUGCCCAUCUCAGCUUCUCAGCCAGUCCAAAAUGAGACGGUUCUACACUCUGUUCCUCCUCAUUCACUGCAGCACAUUCACCAAAUACAAAUAUCAGAGUCUGUUUCAGCCCAGCCUCACAGCAAUGGAGUGCCAUCAAUUUCUGAUCCAGAGACUCCAAAUUUAUCUCCUGCUCCUGUUUCACCUCAGCCACCACUGGGCAGCCUAAAUGGCUCUUCCUCCCCUGAACCCCCUGUGCCAGGCUUUGCCACUCUAGGCAGGAAACUGAUGUUGGAUACAGGAUUCACAUCAUCUGGAGAUCCUGAUCCUAGUUGCAGUGCCUCUGAUUCUUACUUGACUUCCACCUUGGCCCUCUCUUCAACGACUUACCCACCUUCUGACAGCACUGCUACCCAGCCUCCUUUGCCAGAGAAAAGACGCCAGGGUACCCUGCCAGGCUCACCCAAUGGGAGGUCAGGCUCUCUAAGAGCAUCCACAAGUCAUUCUCCCUCUGGCCAACACCAUGUUACCUUCUCACCAUUGGUAGGAGCGGUGACAGUAUCUGGUGGGCAGAACGAAGGGCCAGCAGAGGGUGAAACGGGCAGCAGGGUCAGUGUGAAGUUUGUGCAGGACAGCUCCCGUUUCUGGUAUAAGCCUGGAAUCUCCCGAGAACAAGCCAUUGCAGCUCUGAAGGAAAAAGAGCCCGGUGAGUUCAUCAUCAGGGAUAGCAACUCCUUCCAGGGGGCCUAUGGUUUGGCCCUCAAAGUGGCCUCACCACCUGCCAACAUCAGCAACAAUUCCUGCAAAGUUGGAGAUCCCAUGGAACAGCUGGUGAGACAUUUCCUAAUUGAGACUGGGCCACGAGGGGUGAAAAUCAAAGGCUGUCAAAAUGAACCCCACUUUGGGAGUCUAUCAGCGCUGGUGUAUCAGCAUUCCAUUACACCCAUCUCUCUGCCCUGUGCUCUCCGCAUCCCUGACAAGGAUCCCAUAACAGAGAGCCUGGAAGUGCAGCCAGUCAGCAACAUGAGCACAGCAGCAGACUUACUGAAACAGGGAGCAGCAUGUAAUGUGCUGUACCUGAACUCGGUUGAGACUGAGUCUCUGACAGGACCGCAGGCAGUAGCAAAAGCCACAGGCGUGAUGAUGUCACUAAGCCCUCGGCCCUCUGCCACCGUAGUGCACUUCAAAGUGUCGACACAGGGCAUCACUCUGACCGACAGUCAGCGCCGGGUGUUCUUCAGGAGGCACUACCCCAUUAACAGCGUGACGUUUAGCAGCGUAGAUCCACAGGACAGGAGGUGGACUAACUCAGACAGCACAACGUCUAAAGUGUUUGGGUUUGUAGCUAAGAAACCAGGCAGCGUGGCAGAGAACGUGUGUCACCUGUUUGCCGAGCUUGACCCUGACCAGCCUGCCACUGCUAUCGUUAACUUCAUCAACAAAGUCAUGCUGGGGCCACAACAGCGCUAGAGGAUGAGGGAGGGAGAGAGAGAUGAUGAUGAUGAUCAAUCCCUCACAAAGAAAGAAGGAUAGAGUGACUCAUGGUUAAAAAGAGUUACCAAAGCACUGAAAACUAGUCUGUUGUGAAGAUGAAGUACUUCAAGACCAAACCAAAGUGAAAUGAACUAAACAGUGAUACUGACGUAUUGAAGGUUUAAUAACACACUAUUAGAAGUCACAAUCAUUGAGGUAGGAAUAUAUUGAGCACUGUUGGUUGGUUUUUGUACCAUAUGAAAAGUAUCUUAGCAGACAGUACAUGCACUCAAAUACCAAAUAUGUCCACAGCUGACGAGCAUUUCAUGCUCAUCUUUAUGCAUUUCAUUAAUCAGCUUUAAGUAGUUAAAUAGAGACUAGCUGCUACGCGUGUCCAAUCUGGCACACAGUAUAAGCGAGUACAGCGGAAUGUUUAAUAGACGCCGAGUUUUAUUGAGAAAGGUGGCAUGCGAGAAUGCAGUGGGCCGGGCGUGCAGACAGGUGUGGGCGGAGCAGACAUACGGUGGUGGUACCAGGGAACAAAUGAGUUUAUCUGGAGUCAAAAGAUUGUUAUAGUUUUCAGAUAGAUCGAUGUUUCAUUUCGAAAUCAAGUUAAAUAGACGAAAGAAUUAAUCAGAAUAAGCUUUCAGCUCCUGUUGCAGUACUCAGCAACAUGGGUCAUGUUAUCGCGUCGUAAUCAAACUGCCGAGAAAAAUACUUUCUUAAAAAAAUACUCUAACAGUUUUAACUUCAAAAUUUAUAUUAAUGUAUUUCAUUUUCAUGUCAUAACCAUGUUAGUGUAAAAAGGAGGUCUAAAGUUUUUACUUAACAAAAGCUUUGCUGAGCACUCGUAUAUUUAUAAGCUUUAUUCAGUCAUGUAUUUUGUUUGCAUGUAUCAGAGUCAUUAUGGCUUUCUAAGAGACAGACAUGUCCGCCAGCUUUAAUAUAUUGUAUUUACUCUGUAUUUUCUUGUUGAUCUUUGUAUUUAGUAAUAUAUUCACUCAGAUGCAGCUUGGAAAGUGAUGAAAAAAAAAAAUUUAAUGGAAGGACACUUUUAUAUGAAAUGGAUUUUUAAACUGUUAUUUUUUCAAUAUAAGCAUAAAUGAAUAUAAUAAAUGUAAAGCUGUGGUACCAUG